AUGGAUGGUCCGAAGAAAGAGGACGAGCGAGCCGACGCGGCAGACGAGGAGGAGAAGGAGAAUGCAACAGAGAAGCUCGAAAAUGCAGUUGUAGAUGACGGAGAGGAAGCGGUGGAGAAUGAAACAGAGAAAGGCGAGGCGGACGAGGCUGACGGAGGCGAGGAACAAACGGAGGAUCUGUCAGUCGCACAAGGUGACGACGCGGGAAAAGGAGAGCAGGGAAACGGAGAGAACGGAGAGGAUUCAACGGACGGAAGGGGGGAAGAAGCGAGGCCUCUUUUAUCGUCUUCGGGAGCGGAUGCAGCGACAGCAGCAGCCCCGCAACCAGCCGCGGUGGCGGAGGAGAGCUCGGCAAGCGGCGGGUGGGGCAGUUGGGGAGGCGGGUGGGCGGCGGCGCUGUCGGUGGUGACGGCUAUACAGGAGGUGGCGACGGAGGUGACGGGCGAGAUAUCUCACGCCGCGACUGUUGCGGCGAAGGAAAUCAUCGAGACCUUUGAAGACGUGGAGGGACAGGUGGCUGCGGAGGGGGGCGGGGGAGGGGAGGGGAAGGAGGUGGGGAAAGGGGAGGGGGAGGGCGGCGCAGGGGCGCAGGCGGAGGAGAAGACAGGUCGAGAGGUGCCAGUGGACGGAGCGGCGCAGCAUGCGGCAGCAGUGGGAACGGCAGGCAAAGGCGAAAGCAAAGGGGACGAAGGGCAAGGGCGUGGUGAAAGUGCUGGUGGUGAUGAUGCUACGGCUGCUGCUGGCGAGGCUGGUGGUGGGCAGGCGGAGAGUGCGGAGGGGGCAGGUGCAGAGGCGGUGGUGAGACAGGCUCCUGCGGUGGUGAAGGCGGAGAUCGGGGAUGGUGGGGGGAGCGCGGGGCGGGAGAAGGGGGAUGGCGCAGGUGGCGGCGGAGCAGAGGCGGGGAGGGACGACGUGGAUGAUGGCGCAGAGAUAGUGGACCCGGACUUCAAGGCGUUCGAUGAGUCCAUGGAGAACCUCACGUCAGGCGCACUGCACGUGCUGGGCUCCGCGUGGAUGGGCGGCCUCUCUCUCGUGCACCAGCUAGAGCAGUCCACUGGCGCUGUGGUGCAGACGAUACAGCAGCAGGCCGCUGCCACCGCCGCCAUCACCACCACCACGAGCAGCGGAAGCGACGGCGCGGCGGAAGCUCAUGCGGCGGGAAUCGGCUCAGUGUCCAUUCUUGAAGGCGGUGCAUCGCGGAGGGCAGGUGCAGGGGCGAGAGGGGAGCUGGGAUGCGCGGAGUGGCAGGACGGGGGGCUAUUUGGGACAUGGACGCAGCGAUUCCUGGAGACAAUCAACACGCUUAUCCUUCCCCAUGUUAUCCCAUCCCUUCCACCAUGCUCCCAUCCUCCUCGCCAUCCUCCCGAUCCCCCCCACGUCCCUCCCCCCACGUCCCUCCCCCCACGUCCCUCCCCCCCACGUCCCUCCCCCCCACGUCCCUCCCCCCACGUCCCUCCCCCCACGUCCCUCCCCCCACGUCCCUCCCCCCACGUCCCUCCCCCCACGUCCCUCCCCCCCACGUCCCUCCCCCCACGUCCCUCCCCCCACGUCCCUCCCCCCCACGUCCCUCCCCCCCACGUCCCUCCCCCCACGUCCCUCCCCCCCACGUCCCUCCCCCUCAUGCCCCUCCCCUCUACGUCCCUUCCGCCAACGUCCCUCCCCCUCACGCCCACUAUCGUUGUGCACCCUCUUUCCCACAAUCCCCCCCCCUCCCCCCAAUGGUCAGAGCGGCAUGGGCAUGGCGGAGCAGGGCAUGCGCAUGCUGGAGGCCCUGGGGAAGAACACCAUCGACAUCAUUGUUGCUGA